UCUAGACUUGUAGGCAAAGAUCUCUUCUCCCUUCGCACAGCUUAGAACACCGCUGCCGAAACAAGUGAACGUACUUUGCACCUCCUCACCGUAUUUAAAAGUGUUUCCCUCAUGUCCAGCACUUCACGAGGAAGGAAGCUCCAGGCCUUGGGAAGCAGUUCAGAGCAAUCACUGCCUACACCUGGUUACUGUUCUCCAGUCAGGACAAUGAAGACAUUCAGAAGAGUUCCCAAAGUAACAAUUCUGCAACAGCCUAAAACCCACAAAGAACCUUUUGUUUAGGGAUGAAAUCUAUUCUGUAAGAUUUGGAAGAUUUCCCUUUUGCUCCUUUGCUGAUUUUGAAGCCUGAGCUAUACCCAGUCACCAGCACUGGUGUGUGAACAGGAUUGGAAGCACAUGGAUCCCACCAGCAGCAGCUGCAUGCGCAGUCCACAACCUCCUGCCCCACUCUGGGGGUGCCUGCGGAGCACCCCCAUGGAUGUGACCACAGCUUCAGGGCUGAACCACUACCCAGCAGCAUCAUUCUCCUUCCAUCAAAAGUCAGAUUUUGCUGCUUAUCCUGAUUUCUCAACUUCCUGCCUGGUGACUGCUCCCCACAGCUUCCCACACGAGGAGCGGACAUUUGUGGAGCAGCAUCCCUCUUUCCAACACUCUGACUGGCAUUUUGCAGCAACUGAAGCCAGAAGACGACUCAACCCAGGACUGGCCUUGGGUUCUGGAGAGUCAGAAGGCAGCAGCCCAAAUCCAGUGAGUGCAGCGGUGGGUAUGAAUGAAGAUGGUGAGGUACCAGUAAAUACUACAAAUGAGACUGAGAAGAAAUCAUCUAAAAGAAAAAAGGAGAACUCAGAAUCCCAGAAUUCGAGCACCAAGGCAGAACCAAGCAGCAAAUCCCGGAAGGAAAGGACAGCUUUCACAAAGGAGCAGCUACAGGAGCUGGAAGCUGAAUUUGCCCAUCAUAACUACUUGACGAGGCUCAGGAGAUAUGAGAUUGCUGUGAACCUGGAUCUCACCGAAAGACAAGUCAAAGUAUGGUUUCAAAACAGAAGGAUGAAGUGGAAACGUGUUAAGGGUGGGCAACAAGUGUCGCCACAUGAACAUGACACAGAAGAUGUGGACUCUGCUGCCUCCCCCAGCUCUGACUAGUCCUUGCAGCAGUGAGAGAGAAGCAUGGAGAAAGUCAGUCAUCAGAAAGUGGAUGCAACACUGCUCUGGUUCAGCUACACCACGAGAUGAUCCCACCUGCAAAACCUGCAGCCAUGACUCUUUAACAGGUAUAUGAUACUACAGAGGCAACUAAAGAACACAACAGAAACAAGCCAAUGGAGGGCAUGAUUCUGAUCUUGUCUGAAUUAAUUCAGCUCUGUAGAACUUACUACCGCAGAUGUGUCUUCAUAAUAAAAGCUAACACUGAAUAUGAACCAGGCAUCAUGUUGUGUAGGCUCUCAAGCACUCAGAAGAUACAAGCUAUCAGUCAGUGAGUGAUAAUGCAGCUGUGCCUUUCCCUCAUCACACCUCUUCACUCUGCAUUCAGACUUGCCCAGGUACAUUUUCGUCAUGCCUUACUUUAGAAGAAAUAGACGCUUUGGUAGUCACUGAUUCUUUCAUGCAAAUCAAAUUGAACACCUGUAUGUAGGUAGUGAGAUUACAACAUAAAAACGAACCCAGAACUAGAUAUGCAGAACUCUGCUUACCAGUUGCAGAAGAGGUGGCUUUCCCAUUGACGCUCCAAGAGACGUGCCCUGUUGAUGCAGUCUCAGAGGGACAUUUCUUCCAUUCUGACUGUAAAUCCUGAAAUGAAAUGGCUAAUCUGAAUUGCAAAUAUCUUUUCCAAGAAACCAUAUCCCGACAACUGUAACCAACUGUCCCAGCAGGUACAGCAGAGAUUAAGCCCUGUCAUUGGUUUGUUUUCAACAUUUCAAUCUAAUUUAACUAAAGGAAAACUCCUUUUUAGUGGUGCAUUUCUUUCAGAUUCAUGCAAUCUCUCUGUAAAUCCACAGUUUUCUUUGGGAAUUCAGGACUGUCGGAAGAAGCAGAAAAAUGUUACCGGUAGUGAUUUAACUGACUUUACUGUCUACAAAUUCUUGUUUCAUUUUUCA